AUGGAGCCGCCGGCCGAGGGCGAUUCAGAGAUGUUGGGGACACCCGACCCGGAGCUGGCGGCCACCAUGGGUUUCUCCGGCUUCGGCAAGAAGGCUCGGACUUUCGACCUCGAAGCUAUGUUUGAGCAAACGAGGAGAACUGCAGUGGAGAGGAGCAGGAAAGUGUUGGAGGCCCGUGAAAGAGAAAAAGAAGACCAGGCUGAAAAGGAGUUUAGAAUUCCAUGCACUGAUUCAUCAGUUUCAGCAUCCAGUGCAACAGGACCUGGGUCCACAUUAAAUGAAAGAGGAGCAGUGCAUAGUGAAAGUGAGGACAAUUCAAAUGAGGCAUUACGUGGUCCUGUGCAAUCACAGAGUUCUGCUAAAGGUCCAGCUGAGGAUACUGAUGAUGAUGAUGAUGAUGAAUUCAUUGGGCCACCACUUCCCCCUGGGUUCAAGGAUAGUGAUGAUGACAAUGACAAUGAUGAUACAGAGGAGGAAGAUAAUAACCCUGUUAAGAAAAUUCCAGAUUCUCAUGAAAUUACGCUCCAACAUGGAACAAAGACAGUUUCUGCUUUGGGGUUGGAUCCUUCCGGCGCUCGUUUGAUAACUGGUGGAUAUGAUUAUGAUGUAAAAUUUUGGGAUUUUGCUGGAAUGGAUGCCUCUCUCCAAGCUUUUCGGUCACUCCAGCCUUGUGAAUGUCACCAAAUCAAGUCCUUACAGUAUAGCAGCACAGGAGAUGUCAUUCUUGUUGUCUCUGGCAACUCUCAGGCAAAAGUUCUUGAUAGAGAUGGCUUCCCAGUAAUGGAAUGCAUAAAGGGAGACCAGUACAUUGUGGAUAUGACAAACACAAAGGGUCACACGGCAAUGCUUAAUUCAGGCUGCUGGCAUCCAAAGAUAAAGGAAGAAUUUUUGACAUGUUCUAAUGAUGGAACUGUGAGGACUUGGGAUGUUAACAAUGAAAAAAAGCACAAAAGUAUAUUUAAGCCACGAUCAGUUCAAGGUAAACGGGUGAUUCCUACAACUUGCACAUACAGCAGAGAUGGGAAGCUUAUUGCAGCCGGCUGUCAAGAUGGCUCUAUCCAGAUCUGGGAUAGGAACAUGAGUGUACAUACAAAGUUCCACUGCAGGCAAGCCCAUGCUUCAGGCACUGACACUUCAUGUUUGACAUUUUCCUAUGAUGGUACUGUCCUUGCCAGCCGAGGAGGAGAUGAUACUUUAAAGAUAUGGGAUAUUAGACAAUUUAAAAAACCCCUUAAUUCAGCAGAUGGACUGCCCAGCUUCUUUCCAAUGACAGACUGUUGUUUCAGCCCAGAUGAUAAAAUCCUUGUCACAGGCACCUCUGUUAAGAAAGGUGGUGGCAGUGGGAAGCUUUUUUUCUUUUAUCGUGAGACCUUCCAGAAGCUGUAUGAGAUAGAAGUUACAGAUGCGAGCGUUGUGCGUUGUCUUUGGCAUCCCAAGCUGAACCAGAUCAUGGUUGGUACUGGAAAUGGUUUAGCCAAAGUGUACUAUGAUCCUGUCAAAAGCCAGAGGGGAGCAAAAUUAUGCGUGGUCAAAACAAAACGAAAAGAGAGACAAGCAGAGACUCUCACACAGGAUUACAUUAUAACACCUCAUGCGCUUCCGAUGUUCCGCGAACCACGACAACGAAGCACGAGGAAACAGCUGGAGAAGGAUAGGUUGGACCCCCUGAAGUCUCACAAACCUGAACCUCCUGUAGCAGGAGCAGGUCGUGGUGGCCGUGUUGGGACUCACGGGGUCACCCUAUCAUCAUAUAUAGUCAAGAACAUUGCCCUGGACAAGACAGAUGACAGCAACCCUCGAGAGGCCAUUUUACGUCAUGCAAAGGAAGCGGAGGAGAAUCCAUACUGGGUGGCUCCAGCAUAUGCUAAAACGCAGCCAAAAACAGUUUUUGCAGAAGUGGAACCAGAAGAUGAUGAAACAGACAAGCCAGAGUGGAAAAAACGUAAAAUUUGAAGAAUAAUUGAUUUAAAGAAUAAUUUUAGAGCAUUUGAAACAAAAUGAAAUAUUUAUUUCUUUAUUUGGGAUAGUGGAUUAAAAUUUGAAAGCAAAUAUUGCUUCAAUUUAUAAAACUUUCUGCAGUAUAAAAAGGGAUUGUUGAAGUACACUGGCUUAAUCCCACAUCUGAAUUUUUAAGUAAUAAGAAAUUACUUAUAUUGUGCAAAUAAUUCCUGUAUGUCAGUUACUUAGCUUUGUUAGUUAAGUAAAAAAAAUAUUUCUUUGUAAAUAGUGAAUUUGUUAUAUUUCCAAAUGCUUUUUUUCAUUAGUGCCAACUUUACAAAUGCCAUGUCAUGACAACCUUCAAUUGUACACUCUGUGUGAAUUUUAGAAAACAUAUUUUCUAGUGUCUGUACUUCUUUGCAUGAUGUUACUUUUUAGUAUGUGUAGCAUCUACAGUAGCAUUGUAUACAGAUUUUAUUUUUAAAAGAAAUGUGAAAUUGCAAUGGACAGUUGCAUAAUUUAGUGUAGGAAAAAUAAUGUGCUUAUUGCCAAUCUGGUGCAAAAUUUUGUUCGAGUUUCUUAUCCUUACUAGUUUGUAUGGAUAAGUUUUAGGAUGGAGCAGAUAUGUGUGUUUAAUACCAGGUUUUCAUGUGUAUUGAGUUUGUUGUAUGCUGAAUUAUGUAUAUCCUGCCUCGCACACUGAAGACUGAUAUUAUUUUUUAUAUAGUUUGUUUAAAUACAGAAAAUUCUCAUUUUUUAACACAAAAUUGCAGUUCUGAGUGUCAUAAAGGGAAGGAUGGUUUUAAAACUAAUGAAUGUCCUUUAGAGUAUAAUAAAGAACCUAGGUUAGUUUUAGGCAUUUGUGUUGUGAUUAUAAUAACACACAGUAUGCUAAGUAUUGUGAUUAUAAUACGCAACAUAACAAGCAGUCUGCAUUUCCACUAAGAGUAGAGAGAAAUAGAUACAAUAAGCAAUCAAGCUUUCCUAUUUAUAAAUAGAUCCUGGAGGCAUAUUUUAAGACUAUAUUUAGCAAAGCCCUUAAUCACCUUCCUAACCUCAAGACUUUGGUCCUGAUAGUCUGCAGAGCUUAGACUUUUUCUUUAAAGCAGUGUUCUGUGUCGCUGUUUCAUUGUAUUAUUUCCUUUUUCCAAGAUUAUAAUUCUUUUUCAAUUAGUUUUUUAUACUUCAGUAAAAACUAAGUCUGCCUACAAAAGGGAUAAUGAGAAGCAUUGGCAUAAAAUACCCGCUACAUAAUGUUUCCUCUGCUUUCACUACUGUAGUCUUUUGAUAAGAGUAAAACUUCAGUACAUAGUCCAGAGACAACUUGUCUUUGACUCUUUUAAAAUUAUUUUAAUAUGUACUCAUGUGUAGUAGCAAACCAAUGUUUAAUUUAAAAUUGAAGGUGUAAUAUGUAGAAUGAGAGACUGAGUAGAUGGGUGGAAAGUAAGUGGAGGAGAAAAAGAAAUUCCAGAUGGAGGGAAAGAGUUGUUAACAAAACCUGCUAAAGCAAUUUGUCUAAAAUCUCAGUUAAUAAUUUUAAAGGAUUCAUAUGUUCUUCAGUUUAGGCUAAAUAUUAGCAUUUUAUCUUUUCCUUUGUUAAUUGUUCACUGAGGCAGUAUGUCUUAGGGAGCAGAGCUGCCUGGAAGGGCAGAUGAGGAAAAAUGCUGUAGCUGUUCUCUGAGAGUGAGAAGAACUUCUCCUUUUAUGUUGUUAUUCAUAUCAGUUAGAUCUUGUUUCCUAAUUCUUAAAAGCAUUAGUUCUGUACGUGAACACUGCAAAAAUUCUGUUGGAAUUUCUCUUAAGUGUCCGUUCAAUGUUACUUGCAGUAAUUGUCUUGAAUGACUGUUCUGGCAGCCUAGAAUUUAAAGCAUAAAUAUGUAUUAAAAGUAUUUAAAACUAA